GCGUCGAAAAAGUUGUUAAAUAAAUGAUUCAAAGUAACUUCAGUUGAUUAAAGCUAUGUUUGAAGAAGCAUGAAAUGCAUAAAAGAAAACUUAAACGCAACACAUUAACACAAAGUGUGAAAACGCCUGAAAACUCAUCAAGGUUGAGAGAUUAUCAAGACAAUCAAAAUGAAUCAAGUGAUUAUUUCCAAUUGCCAAGUUUACAAAAGAAGAAAACUUGGAAAGAUGUUGAUGACAAUGCAUCAACUUGGGAUCAAAAUAGUGCAGCAACAGAUAUAUUUUGUUCAUCAGAAAUUGAAAAUAUUGCAACAAAGAAAAUUAUACAGCAAUGGGAAGCUGUUGAAAAUACUCUUUACGAAGAUGGUGAACAAGUGACCCAACCAGCUAUUUUAGAAGAAUGUAUACAGUGGAGAACACAAAUACCCCAUUUAAGAGUAACAGGAAAAAAUCCAUUUCUUUCAACUAAAACUAAUCAUGAAGAUGUUAGUAUAAAUUGUAAUCAAAUGAGAAAUAGUUCUGAGCCUCAAAAUGAAGAUGCAUUUUCAGAAUAUAGUCUUUCAUUAAAGGAUAAAAAUAGUUCAUCCAAGCAUAAAUUACAAAACAACCCAGAAGAUGAAAUAUUUGAUGUUCUUUAUGAACAUGUAAUAUCUGAACUAUUUCCAAACAAAGAAAAUGAAAUUGAUUCAUUAGGUGAUAGCUUUAAUGAUGUUUUACAAAUACGUAUGGCACCCAUUCACAGUAAUAAAAGCUCUGCAAAAAGUACAAAGUUAAAUUGGUUUGAAGAAGCAAAUUCUCUUGAAAAUAGGUUUUCAAAUAACAGUGAUAAAGCAAUAGAAAGUCGUACUAUAAUAAAAAGGGAAAGUGCACAAAUUCAAAAAAAAUAUGAUAAUGUUGCACAUAAUAACAGAAGAAGUGAGAAGGAUGAAUAUACUAUGUUAGAUAAGCUUUUUAGGCCACACACUAGCAGAAAUAAGCUUGGGACUGUUUUUAAUGAAAAGAUUGUAGUUAGUCCUGUGCCUUAUGUUUUAUCAACCAGGGAAAGUUUUUCUACUGUAAAAACUACUCCAAUCAAGUUCAUGGCACAGUCUCUAGAAGUUUCUACAUUUCAAGGUUCAAGUAGAGGUAUUAAUUAUUUUAAAAAAUCCGGAAAAAAAUCACCUUCGGCAAAAAUUUCAAAUUACCAAUCUGCUUGGCAUGCUCCUGUUUCUUCUGCUGUGUGGCCAAAAAAUAUAAAGCUUGCUCCUCUAGAUACUUCACGACUUCCUAGUAGCAAGAAUAGAUUUUUGACAUCUUCAGUACCAUUACCUCGUAACAGAAAACCUUUAAGUCCUAUUUCUCGACCCACUCUGCCUGUCUCUGCACAAACUGUUCAUAAUAAUAAUAAUGAAGGUUUAGAAAUUCAAGGGAGACACAUAGUUUCUGGCCAAUCUUCUAAGUUAAACACACUUACUACUGGUUUGAAAAAUGCUGGAGGUGCUCAGAGCAAAAGAAGGAAAAGUCAACAAAAAAUAAAGUCAUAAUUAAUUAAUUAUUACUAAUUUUGUC